AUGGGGCCGCGCGGGUCGGAGAGCGGCGGGGCGCGUCUGCAGCCCGCCAAGCGGCCUCCUGCGCGCCGGGGCCCCGCACCCGCUGCUGCUGCUGCUGGCCGCCGCCUGCGUGCGCUCCAGCCGCGCCGGCAUCCUCGGGGCACCGCGCCCGACCCGCUCCCUGGGGCGCCCGUUCGCGCCGCUCCUGGACCUCGCACCGCCUUCAGUGGCCCCGCCGGCCGGUCGCGGGGUGCCGGGUGCCAGCCAGCCGCAUUCCGACACAGAGCGCCGGCCUGGCCGCCGCGAUCCUCGGCGGCUGCUCGGCGAGCCCGGGCGGUGAGGUGCACCUGUUCUUCAGCCGGCCGGCAGCCAACCCUCGGCCAGCACUCUCCCGGAGAGACCAAUCCCAGCGCAGCGCGGAGGGCUAGUGGUCCGGCUCCGCUAGCUCCAGCCGCCCGCUGCUCCGCGCCGCUGCCGCCGCCGCCGGAGAGUCAAAACUCCAGCGAACGGCGCCGCUGUAGCCGCUGCGAGCCAGGGGCUGGGGGCGCACCGGGCGCCCGCGGCGGGUGCGGUCUGACCCGCCUCCGAGGGACUCGACAAGCAGGCAGAGGAUCGGAAAUCACGCCCCGGCGCCCUGCCCGAUUGAGCGUGGGGGACGAAAGCGGGAGACUGCGUCGGGGGUCCCCGGGGACGCGGACCCCAGGCCGAGGGCGUCUCCAGGCGGGCUCUGGCUGCCAGGCGGGUGGAGAGCCAAGCGUUACACUGAAGAGACUGCAGAGACCAGAGCAUGUAUUGAAACAGGAAGCCCCUGGGGUUUGGUGCCUACCAGAGUACUUUGCACACACACGGUUAAUAAAUUAUUUUUGAUGGCAGUAAUGCGGCUGUCACCUCUUUCAGCUAUAACAUUGAGACUUUCCCCAUAGGAAAGCUUUUGAUUUUUAGUUUGAUGGAGCAUGCCUUAAUCUAGUAGUGCUGAAUUAUGGUUCCAAAAAUUGCAAAAAGAAAAAAAAAAAAAAGAAAUUCUUUGAAUCCAAAUUCCUUUGGCUUUCCAAUGUAAAGCACUGCCCUCUUAAGUAAAAACUGACCCAGUCUCUACAUUCUGUGGGUGCUAGGACUCUACUUCCCAGCUAGGAAUCUACUUGCCCAGCCUUUCUUGUGUAGCAAAUAAAAGCUUUCCUGCAAAACUCUUCGGAAUUAUAGCAGGUGCUACUGUCAGCUAUUUAAGACAGAAAAUUACUUUUCCAAAGCACUGCUAGUUCAUUACCCACCCUCACCACUGCCAGGAUUCCUGUGGUCUCUCCCAUUUUUUCUGCCUGGUAGAGUAAAUCCAGUGUACAGAAAGGGAUGCUAUAAUGCUGCAGCUGGGCAAAUGUGGGCAAAUGUUCCCUUUCCUGAAGCCACAGUCUGACAACAUUCACUCCAUGUUCUCUCAAUACUCCCUAAUGCCUUCUUCAUCUGCCUCUCCAAAUUCCCUCUACUUCUCAUUUCCACUUGGCUUUAACAGCUUAUUCAUGUAUCCCUGUUGAGCUCAUUUUGCCCCAGAUCCCAAGCCACCGUACUCAGCUACCCAUUGGUUGUUCUCACAGUGAACAUCAUCACUAGAGAGAGAGAGAGAAAAAAAAAAUCAAAACAUUGCUUUGAUAGCCUUGUAUUGGGGAACAGGUUGUACCACCCUAUCCAAGAAUGUUUGGCUGGUGCAACCAUCAUUAACUUGCAGUUUUAUCGGGAGGCUCCCUGGUAGCAGGUGGUAAGCACUGGCACUGGAAGUGAGAAUGGGGAGGGGGCUGUCCACAGUUGUGUCAAGGACAAGUGGUGAACCUUCUCACUGCUAAUAAGCAGCCAGUUCACCAGUCCCAUAGUAGGGAGGAGCCUCGUUCUGGUGACUCACAGCUCACUGGAGCAGAACGCUGAAGAAGCAGCUUCAGCCUCAGACUCUUAAGAUCGGGAUUCAAGUUAGAGCUCUGCCACUUAUAAGCAAUAAAAUCACUCUGGGCCACUGUUUUCUCAACUGUGAAAUGGAGGUAUAAUGCCUACAUCCUACAUAAUUAUAUGAAAUUGUAUAGCUAAAUGGACUAUUCAUCUAUGGUACCAUUUAAGCAUUAUCCUCAGAUAUCUUCCUGUGGAGAUAAUUAUUCUAACAAAUGGGUGUGGCAUGCCUCAGCCUCUCCUGAGCUUCCCAUCUGCCUGACUAUAAUUACCUGUAGAUAUCUCCUAAGUGGUCUACGGACACACUAAACUUGGGAUUUCUAAUCAUUGCCUAAAGUUUGACACAAAUCAGCAUUUCUAUUGAAAUGCAGUUUUCCCCUCAAUGGCACCGAUAACCCCAGGCUGAGAGUCUCAGUGCCGUCUCUGACUCCUUACCUCCCAUUUCCCAAGUUCAAUUAGUUGUCAAGUCAUUUACUUUCCACAGUAUGAUUGUCCAGGGCUUCAUCCAUUGCAAAGUCUUUGGUAAAGGCUCAUCUUUUGAAACCACAAGGCUGUAAAUGACCUUAGUGGUCAAACACCUCUGAUGUGUCAUCUCAUCACAUGUCCCAGCUGUUGGGUUUCUUCUGGCUCUCUGGAGAAAGGCACUUCCUGGGGAAGACCACCCAGCCUGUCAGUGUACAUAAUUAGAAAAGUCUUUGUGUUGAGACAAAAGUCGGCCUUCCCAUACAUUCACUCUUUCUCCUUAGCUCAUUCUUUAUAGAAACCGUUUACAAAUUAGGUACUAGGCACGGAGAAUAUAACAGAGAACACAGGUAAGGCUCCUACCUUCAUGGAGCUUAUAUUUUAGAGAGACUAAUGAUGAACAAACACAGUAGAUAAAUUUUAUAGUCUAUCAAAAAAUGAAAAGUACAGGUUUGGACCACCAAGAACAUGCCUAGUUAGUGUAAUUACAAAGGACAUCUCUUCUCCAAUCCAAGAUCCUCAAUCUGUUUCCCAUCCCCACAAGGCCAUGAGAACUUGACUCUCCUAGCAACAUGACACCAGAGUGCUCUUUUAUUCCCUGUGGGUUCCCUGGCUAGUGUACUCACUUUUGAAGCCAGUCUGGCCUGCAAAAUCCUAAUAUUCUUCAUGAUGUUUACUGGAAUCAUGUCUAGAGGCAAUGUGGUUCCCGAACACAUUUCACAGAGUAAACAUUUUGCAAAGCAUGAAUAAGGCUAACCUUCCAUAUGACUGCACAUGUCCUUUUUCUCCCUUGGUCUAGUCCACUACUGUGAUUAUAAUGAUACACAUUUUUUUAGUAAUCAUGGUGGCCUUUGUAAAAUAAAAGUUGAUUGUUUUCUUCACAAGUCUCAACCAGUAAUCUUAUUUCUUGGCGGUUCUUGAUGCUGUAUGUGUAGGACCAAAAAUCCAAAAAUCUGGAAAAUCCCCACGUGGAUCACGUUAUUCAUAACAGCUUGAC